CGUUCGUAUAUUCAAACAUGUCGUCAGAUGGGAAAUUAACACGACCGAAUUAUAUUAAAAAUUACUUGUUAUUUCAUCAGGAUUUGAUUUUUUUGCAUUUUCUAAGCAUAUUUUGUAAUUUCAAUCAAAUGUCCCAAUUUCUUAUUUUAAAAAGUCAGAAAAAUGUUAGAAAACGACAGCGACAUCCAUUCAAAAUAUUGUUAUUCAUACUGAUACUACUGCCGCUUGUUAGUGCAACCACUUCUAUGAGACAUACUUCUACCACUACCACUCCUUACUGCCGAUUGCGAAUUUCAAGUAGAAGCGAUUCGUUCAUGCUAUCCUAGUCUUCUUACAACGGAAUAACUGUUUUUCCCUGCCAGUGUAACAAAAGUAACUGAAUAGAAGAAUAAAGGAGUUAUAACCAAAGCUGUAUAUUCCUGUCGACCUGAUUCCACGGUUCUGGAAUUUUGGAUUCCACCAAACCGAGAUAUCUUUUACUUCAUUCUGAUUAUAAAGAGGUUGCUUGAUGUAGGUGUUUUACUUCAAACAUGAGCCAAACUCCUAACCAAAAUGCCAAGGCCUUUAAAAUAUGGAACAGCGAAAGAACUACGAAAAAACCUGUUGUAGCAAGUAAUCUGCAAGAUUUAGUUUUAAAGGGAAAACUUAAACUUGGGUUAACCACUGGGACAGAUAUUCGAUUAGUUUUGGAAGCUGAUGGAACUGAUGUAGAUGAUGAAGAUUAUUUUGCUCUUCUUCCUAAUGAUACAGUAUUUGUUCUGUUAGAAUCUGAUGAACGAUGGCAUUCAGCAAAUGAAGGAUAUGGAGGAAAGGAUGUCAAAGCAAUAAAGAAUUCUGCAAAGGAUAUUAACUCUGAUGUGCCUGUUGUAACAUCUGUUACCCAACCAGCUAUUUCAGUAGCUUCUGCAUCACCAAUAGAUGUUGCCUCUCCUGCUUUACCUCUUCCUCCAGUCUGGUCUAAUCCACCUUCGACAGUUAGUAUUGGAAGUACAACUAAUGGCAGCACCCCAAUAGCUUCAGAGUCUAUCCAACUUCCAGAAGAAUCUUCUUUCACAUCAAAGAAUGGCAUCAAUAUAGCUGAUUUCAAGAAAGAUGCAUACCAAUGGAAUGAACAGUCAACAAGGCUCUUCAUAGAACUUUAUAAGCAUUAUCAUGAACUUUUUUUGCAACCUAACAUUAAAAAAAAGAAUCUUUGGGAAGAAAUUUCUAAAAAAAUGCUUGAGUAUGGGUUUGAAAUUAGUGCUCGUCAAUGUGAAAACAAAUGGAAAUCACUAAAACUCUCUUUCAAAAAAGUUGAAGAAUAUAAUAGAAACUCAGGAUUAAAACGAAAGUGUAGCUUCUAUGAUGAAAUCUCAGAGAUUCUUGGACAAUCAAAUGUGAUUUCAAUUAGUUUGGCUAGUACAUCAUCUAACUCUGCAACUGAAAUUCUUGAGAGUUCCACAGAAAAGGUUCGACGCUUUAAGCCAAAACGACCGCGUUCUUCAGAAUGCAGUACUAUGGACAUUUUGAACUGGCUUAAAGCAAACAAAGAAGAAGAAAAACGCCAACAAGAAGAAGACCGCCUGGAAAUGCGUAAAAUGCAUGAGGAAAAAAUGAAAGCUUUCUAUAGCUUUUUAGAUGUACUUAAGAAAUGGAAAAGUUGAGUAAAAUAAACAGAAAGCAGGGAAAAAAACAAUAUGUUCACACUAAUGUUCUCACCAGAACAAAGAAUAUCUCAUGACAUUUUAUUUUCAUCAGAUAUAUCAUACAUUUCUGCACUGUAGCAGUGUCUUGUGUAAAAAUCACAUCUUGAACAAUGGUUAUAAGUUUAUGAAUUGAAAAAAUUAAAAAUAUAUUUGUAUUUGAAUUACUGCAUGCAUAAAAACAGAGAAAUACAUUUAUAUAUUUUUAUAUUUAGUUUUGUUAUGUAUGUAAAUUUGAUCUUUCUGAAAAACAAUAAUAGUUUUGGUCAAAUUAUUUUAUGAAACUCAGCUAUUUUCUAUUUAUUUUACAUCCGUUUUCUUGGAUGGUAAAUUUAAUCUCUCACCCAGUUUAACACCACCAUCUGGCUCAGAAAGCAUAUCUAGUGUUAUUCAUUCUGUUAUCACUCAGUUUAAAACCUUCAACUGGUCCUUGGAUAUCUUUUGCUGAGUCCACUUCGUUGCCACUGAGUUGUACACUCCCAGCUGGUCCUGGGAUAUAUGUCUUUAGCAGAGUACACUCUGUUGCAAGUAUUCAGAUCAGAUCCCCAGUCUGAGGUUAACUUCUUUUCUUUUCCCUAGCAGUCUCAGUGACCCUAAAAAGGGGUUAUGGGAAUUGUUUUUCUUUUCUUAAUGAUUCAGUAUCAUAAAAUUAAAUAAAUGAAAAUCAGAUA